AUGGCAGACUGUAGCUGCCCUACGCAGCCCAAGGCUGCCCCAAAAAUGAAUAUUCCUCCUUCGGCAUCGACCGUUGAUGUGCGAGUAAUCGAUACGCAAACCCUUGUCUACCUCAACCCAACGUUGUUCUGGCAACCGCCACUCGAAGGCUUCACUGGCCUCGACGCCCCCGUGUACUGCUUCCUUAUCAGCCAUGGCGACACCCACAUUGUGUUUGACCUCGGCGUCCGGGAAGACUGGGAGAAUUAUGCCCCGAAAAUUGUCUCCCUUAUCAAAGCAACUACCACCAUCACCCGCGGCAAAGAUGUUGCCUCUAUCCUUGACGACAGUCAAAUUGCCAACCGUGACGAGAUCAGCGCCGUGAUUUGGUCACACAAUCAUUUCGACCAUGUCGGGAAUAUGCAGACCUUCCCUAGCACCACCGACCUGAUCGUUGGUCCCGGAGUCCGGGACAUAUCGUGGCCCGGCUGGCCGGUCGAUGUGAACGGUGGUGUAUUGGAGAGUGAUAUGCAGGGGCGGACUGUCCGUGAGAUAUCUUUCAACGAAGGAUUGAAAGUCGGGCAGUUCGAUGCGGUGGACUAUUUCGGGGACGGGUCAUUCUAUUUACUGGAUGCGCCAGGCCAUGCCGUUGGGCAUUUGUGCGCCCUUGCACGGACGACGCCAGAUUCCUUUGUGCUGAUGGGCGCCGAUGCCUGCCAUCAUCCAGGCGUUUUGCGGCCCACCCAGUACCUGCCGUUUCCCACCAGUGUUCCUCGAUCCUUGCAGGGUCAUUGUCCGGGAGACGUGUUACAGACACUGAUUACCUCGAGCGUCAGUCCAUGUUCGCCUUUCUUCACGGUUGCAGAUGGACCGCUGUUCCCGGACCGUGAGGCGGCCAUGGAGACCGUGCAGAAGAUUCACGAGCUGGAUGCCCAUGACGAGAUCUUUGUCAUUCUAGGCCAUGAUCGAUCGCUCAGAUCGCGCAUCCCGAUGUUUCCAGAGAGGGUGAAUGGCUGGCGCGAAAUGGGUCUACGGCCAGACACCCGAUGGGCGUUUUGUGAGGAUUUCAAGGACGUUGUGUUCUGA